ACAUCAGACAUCGCUGUAUUCAUAUUCCCACACAGAGAAACAAACCAACCCUCCCAAUUUUUACCCAAAUCAAAACAGCUCACAAAUAAAAGCCCCAUCCCCCCUCCCACAACACCCAUCUCACCAUUAAUCACAAACCUCUCUAUCUUUUUCGGAUUUUCCCAAAAUCUAAAAGUCUAAAACCACCUCCUCUGUUUUUCCUUCUGCUCUGUUUUUCUUGAAUCCAAAGAUUCUCCUUUUCUGACUAUGGGUUCCGGCUUCUCGUUCUUCAAGGCAGACCCAGUUGGGUGCUCGCCUCUGCCGGCGAAGCCCGGUCUUGGGGACUUGCCGGAGAGCUGCGCGGCGGAGAUUAUGGGGUACUUGGACCCGCCGGAGAUUUGUAAACUGGCCAAAAUGAAUCGGGCUUUUCGUGGGGCGUCGUGGGCUGAUUUCAUUUGGGAGGCGAAGUUGCCUAGUAAUUAUCAGAUUAUUGUGAAGAAGGUUUUUGGUGAUGGGUUGGGAGAUUUGGGGAAGAGAGAUGUGUAUGAGAGGCUUUGUAGGCCUAACACUUUUGAUGGGGGAGCCAAGACGGUUUGGCUGGAUAAGAGCACAGGAUCUGCUUGCUUGUCGAUUUCGUCAAAGGGAUUAGCAAUCACCGGAAUUGAUGAUCGGAGGUAUUGGAAUCAUAUUCCUACUGAAGAAUCUAGAUUUAGCACUGUUGCAUAUCUUCAGCAAAUAUGGUGGUUUGAGGUAGAUGGGGAGGUUGAGUUCCCAUUUCCAGCUGGAAAAUACAGCCUGUUUUUUAGGCUACAGCUGGGACGCUCUUCUCAGAAGAGGUUUGGCCGCCGUGUUUGCAACACUCAGCAUGUACAUGGCUGGGACAGAAAACCAGUGAGGUUCCAACUUUGGACUUCAGAAGGUCAGUAUGCCUCAUCCGAGUGCUUUUUAACUGAACCUGGGAAAUGGAAUCACUACCAUGCUGGGGACUUUGUUGUGGAAAACCCAAACACAGCAACAAAGAUUAAACUCUCGAUGACCCAGAUUGAUUGUACACACACCAAAGGCGGUCUCUGUUUAGACUCUGUAGUUAUAUACCCUAGUGAAUUUAGAGAAAGGUUGAAGCAGUUUUAGUUUGCGUUUCGCCUUUUAGAUAGGAAGUUAUGCCAUAUAGAGAUAGUCUGUCUUCAAAAGAAAGCAAAUUUAGUUAGUGCUUCUUUUGGACCCUCCGUAUGUAAACAUAGAAAUGUGUACGUCCCAUGUAUAUCUUUGUUUAACUGUUCAUUUGUUAAUGACUAGUAAGAUUUUGAAUGCUUGUGUC